AUGCAUGGAAGAUCAAUGUCCAGAACUCUUGCAGGAUCUCAUGUUGAAAUGGAGUUUCCUGAAUGUUGUGCCUAUGUGCAUGAGUCGCAUACCAUCUUGCUGAUCCAGCCAGGACCUAAACCUGAAACCAGGACAUAUUGUGACUAUGAGACAGUGGCUGAAUGCAUGGAAGGGGUAUGCAAGAUUUAUGAGGAGCACUUGAAGAGGCAGAAUCCCCACACUCCGAGCAUCACAUAUGACAUCGCUCAGCUCUUCGACUUUAUUGAUCAACUUACUGACCUCUCGUGCCUUGUGUACCAAGGGAAUACCAACACCUAUGCACCCUUCAAUAAGAGUUGGAUCAAGGAGAAAAUCUAUGUGAUGCUUCGGAAACAAGCUGCACGUGGGAACUGAGUCUCCUCACCCCCUUUCUUCGUUCAUCUUUAUUUCUUUCUUUCUUGACUGUGCUUCAAAAUUCAUUAUGUAGCUGUGGCAGUGAGGGAUUUCAGUGGCAGUGGCUAGUGAAACUAGAUCACAUUGCACUAUUGGUGGUCAACCAGUCUUGUAUCAUCUUUACCUGGUUAUUGUGAACUGGAUCAGUCAUUGUCGUGUGAAAAGGAGCUUUCGUUUCGUGUUGAUUUUUCGUCAUCUUGACCUGCUUAUGUUUGGGAUGGAUUAUUAAUUCCCAUGUGAGAAGAAAGUCUCAUUUUCAUACUGCAUAUAUGCAUUGGAGGGAGACCUCAUGACACCAGUAUAUUUCCAUUGCAUCCAAUAGGAUCAGGUAGGCUUGAAGUAUUCACCAGAAAAAUGAAAAGAGAAAAAUUCCAGAGAAAACAAUAGCCUUCUUCAUUCAUAAACCUUUCCAUUGUGGUAUCAC